CACAUUCGCCUCCGUCUGAACUUGUGAAACCGGUCAGAGAUUUGAUAACUUCGAGAAGCUGCAGAACUGGUAGGAGAAAUUCAUGCUGAGGUCAAAGACUGAUGACGCCGAUACGAUAGCCCAUUGAGUCUAAUGCUAGAUGGAUAAUGUCUUAUUGGUCUUGGCACUGGUUUAGCCAAGGUCCAGCCGAAACUUUAAUGGUAGCGCUAGUGUAGGCAAACGCUAAUGCCAGCGAUGUUAUGUGGCCAAAUGCGGAUUGAUGUAGUGCAGUGAGCCGAGGCUUAGACAGUUUCAAAGGCCGACCCAUUUCGUUGGCAAACCACAGUUGCAUGCUGUCUGCAGUGGUUAAAUUAUACAGUGGGAAUUUCUUUUCAAAAGGGGUGCUCGUGGAGCGUAUUCUCGUGUGGCAUCCAAGUUUUUAAAGGGGCUUCACUCGUAUCCGAUGGUAUUUUGUAAUACGCUCACGGCCUUUAUGAUCUGGGAAAAGUUGCUUUUGUUUUAAAGUGUUUUAAUUAUUGGGGAACUGCGGUUUGCGCUGGUCAGUAAACCAACACAUAACUUGAAGUUAAGCACGUCGUAGUUAUUGUUUUGCAAGUUGUAAUUAUUCUGGCAUUGCGUAGAAUUCGAAGCAUUUCGGCUCUUUAAAGCCAUGCCCCCAUUUCAACCGGCUAGCCAGGAGAGAGUAAUUUUCAAUGUUGAAUGGUUUGACCCGGAAUCGUCACUCACCCGGGACAUGAUACUAUAUUUCUACAUAGACGAUGGUUCCGUGGAACUCUUUGACCGACGUACCAAUCGCACCUUUCUGAAACGAACGCAAGUCUCGACCAUCGGCUGCAAGGACCUCUCUCUCGGGAGCCAUAUCACCAUAUUGGGUCGACACAUGCGCAUCGUUGAGUACGCCAAUGAGCGAACCCGCACCUUCUUCGAGGAAGACUCGCAGACGACAUUCGCUCUGGUGAAGCCAGCCGCCGUCCAGCACCUGGGCAAAAUCCUGCAGAUUAUCGAGAGCGAGGGCUUGAAGAUCACGCGCGCGCGUAUGGUGCAGCUGGAGCGUCACGAGGCGGACCGUUUCUUCGCCGAGGAGCAGGCGCACUGUCAGGCGGCCGAACUGCUGGCCUACCUGACGGCCGGGCCGUGCGUGGCACUGCAGCUGACCGGCAGGGACGCAGUGCUGCGCUGGCGUUCCCUGAUGGGCACCACUGACUGCUUGACGGCCGGUGAGGAGUGCGCCGACACCAUCCAGCGUCAGUUCGGCGCCGACCGCGCCAACAACGCCUUGCACGGCUCCACCGGGUGUGAGGCGGCCGCGCGCGACCUGCGCUUCUUCUUCCCGGCGGCCGGCGCGCCGCGGCCGCUGACGUCAGCCCGGCUGGCGGCCGACGGCUCCUGCUGUGUCAUCCUGCCGCACGUGCUGGCCGAACGGCGGCUGGGCGACGUCGUGGCCGCCAUCCAGGCGUCCGGCCGCCUGGCGGUGACGGCGCUCGACCUAAUGACGCUGACCGGGCCCGAGGCGGAACGGCUGCUCGAGGUGUACCGCGGGGUAUUGCCCGAGUGUGGCAAGAUGGUGGCGCAGAUGAGCUCGGGCCCGCUGGUGGCGCUCGAGCUAAGCGGCGUCGAGGAGGGCCAGGACACGGUUGAGGUGCUGCGCGAGCUGGCCGGACCUCGCGACCCGCACCUGGCGGCGCUGCUGCGGCCAGAGUCGCUGCGCGCCCGGUUCGGUAAGGACCUGAUCGCCAACGCCGUCUACUGUACCGACCUGCACGAGGACAGCCUAAUGGACAGGGAGUACCUGUUCAGAAUCCUGCAGCCAUGCUGAGGCAGGUCACAGCGGGCUUAAAUUCCAGAAGAAUGCGUAUGGCUUCUGAGGAUACCUGAGCUUUCUCCAACGAUACCCAAGCUUUUAAUCUCGAACUUUUCAAUAGACAAUGUGUGAGGAACCGCUGCUGGCUUGUUCCGCUCUCUCUCUCCUCUCUCUCUCCUCUCUCUCUC